GCGGGGAGCUCGAGCUAAGUACAGGGUGCCACGCUAGGGCUAGGGCCAGGUCAUGUGACGCUGACGUCACAACACCUGGAGAGCUUGAUUCGGGCUUCCUCGUCGACUACAGUGAUCUGUUCAAUGAUUUUGGUGGCCAUGAAGACUCUUUCUGGGGAAUAUCGAGGCAUCUUUAGAAGAUUGGAUCUUGAGCAAGUCAUUAUUGCUCUUAAUGAUCCCGGUAUCAACUUGCCUAUCCUUCGAGCUUUGCCUUCGUUUUUUGAAACAAGGCAAGAAGAUCCGACGACUUCAGAAAGCUGCGAGAACCGAGGGUUUCGUUUCGGUUUACUUUCAUUUGUGUGCGUUUUGAGGAGGCUUCUAGAAGCAAGCAAAUCACACGACGACGAUUUCAGCAUCUUGGAACUUAGGCAAAUCACGAUCUAUUUACGGCGAACCAAAAGCUCAUUCGAAGGCGAACUAAGCACACUGGGAUUAGUGAUUAACAAACUGUAUGCUCAUUUCGACCCUUUUGGCAAAGACAUCACAGUUUAUGUCUUUGUCGAGCCUUUAGUCACGGAGCUGGCCUCCGCAUGCGCAACCGCAGGGUGGUUUUAUGAAGCUGAAACAUUCUUUGCUGCUCUUCGAAGUUCCCAGAGCUUGGAACUUCUCGGUCAUCCCGGAGAUCAGCGGAAAAUUGAGAUCUCAAAGCAAUAUUGUUUAUAUCUUAAGAGGAGGAAAUGUUAUGCAGAGCUUUUAUCAGAACUUCAUGAUACAUACGCACAUCUUGCGAACUAUUAUUAUAAGGCGAGCAUGAGUUUUCCCGCACAUGUUGCGGACUUGAUAGACCUCCUGAACGACAUUCCGUUGCCCUAUGAUCAAUACGUAUCUUCUAAGAAGGCACGUGAAAUAGGCAGACUGGAAAUCCUGUUCAGUAGACCUGCUGAAUUUUCCGUCCGGCAGAUAUCUGAUAUCAACAGUGCUAUGAGUUUCGAUGUCAACCAGCAUGAUUUGGUCCUCGAAAGGAAUAAAAGUAAGGCUAUGGAUGACGAUGAGCUAAUGGAGGACUGCAAGAGCUCGAAUCAAUUCGGAGUGACCUAUACCGAGAGUGGUAUGACGGGUAUCAGUUUCAACUACUCAGACUUAUACAGAUAAAUGAGAAUAAUUCAGAGACACGUAAUUCUCA